CCACUUUCCGCCGGCUGGACCGGCUCUCCUGGAUUCAUCGAUCAGCUGACUUUACGCGCCGCUCAGGAACAUGGAUGUGUAUCGACCCCAGAUCAUUCUGGGUGUGGGACUCUCCAGUGCUUAUACGAUUUGGUACGCUUAUCGAACAUGGAGCCACCAUCGAAGCCGUUGCGGCUUCUGUCAGCCGGAGACACACACCGCUCAUGGCUUUAUCGUAGCUUCGCAAGAAAAAUGGUAUGCAUGUUCGGCGGAGGUGUUGGACAGAAUCGAGUCUUCCAAGUUGAUCGCCGUCGACUGUUUCUGGGUCGGAAGUGUCUUGACACGGCGAAAAAUUGCGCUUCUCGCUUUCUGCACCAGCGCCGAACGAAUCACUUUCGUCCGGCUCUCAGAGCUCGGCGAGUUCCCGGAGGAGCUCGCAGCUGUUUUCCGUGACCCGACGAUCAUUAAAGUCGGAAUCGACAUUCUCGCGCAUGCGGCGAAGCUAUACGAAGAUUACGGAAUCGAAACCUACGGUUGUGUCGAUCUCCGCUACAUGGCCAUGGCGACGCCGGCGGCCAAGAGAAAACUUCUACGCGCCGAUAGUGAUCUCUCUCUGAUUUCGAUGAUGAAUGUCCUGCUCGAUGCGAAUCUAAGCCGAGACUACAGAAUGCUCUACUCCCGGUGGGAGGCACGGCAUCUCUCCCGAGAUCAAAUCUACUACGUCACCGGCCAGGUCAUAGGGGCGUUUGGGUUGGCGGUGAAAAUCGCGCAAUCGAACGAUUGGGUUGCGAAUGCGAUCGGAUAUCUCCUGAAGCCCUAUCUUUGGCUCGACCACUUCAUCAAGAUUCAUUAUGCGUCGUACAUCGACCUGAAAUUUAGCCGGGACCGAAUAUGUCGGCACGCCGUGCCGUCGAAACCGCCGAAACCGGACGAGAAAACCUUGAGAAGCUACAACACUCUCAAGACGCCUCUGUACGAUAAUUGUGUUCUCCUCUGUCCCGACAUGGAGCACCUCUGCACGUGUGACAGACGGAAAGCGCAAUGGUAUCUCGACACCGAUCUGGCCGAGAAAGUUAAGGACGACCCGCUCACCGUGCGCUUGAGAUUUGAGCCGGCGCAACGAGCCAUCUUGGACGCGCAGUAUUACUGCUUGGUCAAACACAAUAUAUGCGUCGUCUGUGGCUCACCGGAGAACCUCGUCCGGAAGUAUGUCGUGCCCCGCGAGUACCGGAAACACUUUCCCAAAAUCAUGAAGCACCACAAUGCGCACGACGUAGUUCUCACCUGUUUGGCCUGUCAUGCCCAGUACUGCUGGUACGAGGAUUUGUUCAAGGAGCAGUUCGCUAAACAUUGUAAUGCCCCUCUCAGUGAGGCGUCUCGGAAGUUCAUCGACAACAAAGCUCUCAGAGAGAUCCAGAGGGCCGCGAACGCCCUUUUGAAAGUCAAAGACAAUCUCCCUGAAGAAAGACGUCAAGCCCUCGAGGACCUUCUUAAGGAGCAUUUCGAAGUGAACGAGCUCACAGACGAGUUAGUCGACUAUGCGGCGGGCAUUGACUUCCGGGAAGCGAAUGUUGAUUUCGUCAGCCACGGGAAGAAGGUGGUAGACCAUUUCGCCGAGGAGUCUGGUUUGUUGGUACUCGAGACCAUGUGGCGGGAGUAUUUCAUAACGAAAAUGAAUCCGUCCUAUCUGCCCGACAUGUGGUCUCCGGACCAUCAUCACGAUAUACUCGCGGUGAAACUGAGUUUUAUCGAGAGAGAAGAUCCUCGAGAGGCAGAAUCUCUUCGGAGGAAAUUGGGAAUCACUCCAGAGCAACUGCACGACAUAGUCGAGCGACUCAAGCAUGAAGACAACGUGAAUUUCAAUCGAAUCAACUUUCAGAGAGGACGACUUUUAGAAAGGCAGUCGUGA